AUGGAGAAGAAGAAGAGAAACGAGGUGUCGGGUCUCCUAUUUGGGCAGAUCGGCGGCCGAGAUAUAACUUUUCGGAGUCCGGUAUUAAGCCUCACCCUUACACCUUGAGAAAGAACCCACGCAACGGCCUUUUUUCCGAAAAAAGGGCAUCAAAGUACAAUCGGCUCCUGAUUUGGAACAAAUAUUUAAACCUAACUUACCAGGGAAUGGUCUCCGGUCGCAGUGGGACCUUUCAAUGAGACCAAGUUUUCUAGAUGUAGUUUUUCAUGCUGAUUCCAAAUCCGUUCUCAAAAGCUGCCUUUGAGGUCUGUGAAAAAAGUUAUGGACCCUCAAAAAUCGAAAAGUUCAGUUUUUCCGAUUGAGCUAAUUUUUGAAGAGUCUAUAGAUCUUGUCCAUCUGGUCACGAAAAACUAUCAAAUUUUCUUCGAAAAAAAAUUAAGAUAUGACCUUUCAAAGCCCCGCUGAAGCUCAAUCGGAAACACUAAAAUGGUCGACUUUUGAGGGUCCAUAACUUUUUUCACAGAGCUCCUCGGCCGUUUUUGAGACAAGAUUUGAGAUCAGCGUGAAAAACUAAAUCUAGAAAACUGGGGUCCCACUGCGACAGAGACCGUUCCCUGGUUAGGAACUCCAGAGUGGUGCCUAUAGGGGCAAGCUUAGGGGCUCGAAGAGUCCCCCCUAGGGACCACUUUACAACGACUAUAGGGGCCACUCAAGCUUGUAAAAGUGGUCCCUAUCGGAGUUAUUCUAGUCGAUAACUGUUAUGAACUCUAAGCGAAGCAGCAUUUCCAUGCCAAAAACUGAACUAACAAGUUUUUUAAAUAAAAUUGAGAGAUUCCUAUAGGGUCCACUUGAGCUUUAGGAUCUAAGGGCUCAGAACUCAUACCCCUAAAGGGACCACUCUGGAAAACCCUUUUCAGGGCGCAUCAGUGGAUUUCUCAACGAACAAACUGAAAUCGGGAGCUGGAGAACUGGCUCUGAACGUCUUGGACCAGCUGGCCGACGCCGCCUUGAUCAAUGUCGGUUUCAAAUGGGAAAAGUGAGUCUUCUGGUGUUAUUCAUUCCGAAAAAUCGUUCAGAAUGAUCCCGCCGCCAGAAGAGGACGACGACGUGCAAGUGGAUGAAGAGGACAACGACAGCGCUGACGGCGAGGUCAUUACUUGUUUAGUAACGCUUCUAGAAACGAGAAUCGCCACAAUCUUCAAAGAAGACCCUCAAAAGACCACUCGAGCAAAUUCCAGAUCGAGGAGGAAGCCGAGACAGACUUCAUCGACGACGACGACGAUGCGAUUCACGUCGACCUAACGGCUCCGAGUCAACUCAACAAUGGCGUCAGUUACCACGCCCACUUUCUCAAUGUGCAACAUUCUCAGGACGCUCCGAUCCAAGGAAUCCUUCAAAGCACAACUGAUUCUGUGGCCUGGAAGCAGGAAGUCGAAAGAGUGGCCCCGCUACUGAAAAUCACCAUUCGACAGGAUGCCAAGGUUUGAAGAUCAUUCAAAGAGCAAAUCCUAUUCUAAAGCUUCAAUUUUUCGAUUCUAAAGUUACUUUGAAAAUAUGAACUGAUGACGUCAUCUUACAUCCUCAUCUUCAUGACGUCAUUUCAGGACUGGCGCAUGCAUCUGGAGCAGAUGCACUCGCUGCACAAGGCAGCCUGCGAUCAGAUCAACGUCAUCGACCCGCAGCUCGAGCAGAUGGCUUCCGAAUUGGAGAAGACGUUGGAGCGGAUAGAAACCCGCGAGAAGACGAUGAACUCGCAGAUGUCGUCGUUGCUCGUCAAGUUCCGGUCCUCGCAGGACAAACGGGCAGAACUUCGCGAAAAGUACAAGUGAGGCCGACGUCGAAUUAUCUAUUGCGAUAAUCAUCAAACAAUGAAUGUUUCGUGAACCAUCGAGGCAACAACAGUAAGUGAGGCGCAUAGAAGGAGGCGUGGCCUAAUCUGCAACCCACCGCACGACUUCAUUCUAAUAAAAUGCAAGCACCUCAGAUUUCAUGGAAGUGUUUUUCCAGAGAAGAAGAAGAAAAGAACAAACUUAGACACUGGAAAAGCUUCCCAGGAAUGUACGUUUGGUGAAAUAAGCUCAGUCCUUUAAAAAUUGCUUAAGCGGAUUUUUAGCUUUUUAAGUUUUUUCUGAGCAUGACGCAAGCGUUUGAAAAGUGUUAUCAAUGUCUGAAAAAGUUCCAAUUCUGAAAUUUUUUCUUUCAAAAACCUUCAAAAUAAAUAUAGUUAUGAACAAUAUUCAAUAAAUUACAAGGGAAAAUUUUACGACACCAACAGCCUUUUUUGAAUUUCCAUCAACAAAACUUUGUAUUUACCAUAAUUAAAAGCAACACCAACCAUUUAGAACGGCAUCCGUCGGUGUAAGCAGCCGCACUGAAACCCUUCAGCGGAUUUCCGACGACAUCGAGCAGCUCAAACAGCAAAUCGAAGAACAGGGCGCAAAAUCCAGCGAUGGAGGUAUUUCCUUGGCUCUUUCUAGAAAGUGCAAACAGUCCUUAUCGUCAGAGCCUCAUAAAAACCAAAAAAAAAAAAGAUAAAGUUCUUUGAAAACUUGAGAAAUUCAUUCUAUGCAACAGGGAUAAAGUCAACUUCGGCCAAACUCGGCAAAACAAAAUAAACAAGAAAAAAACAGAUCAUUAACCUCAAAAAAAUAGUUUUUCAAUCAAAGCUUUGUUCUUAAAAAAAUGAACAGGAAAACUUCAAAGUAAGGAAGUUUUGAAGUCCUAAAGAUAUUUAAAAAAAAUUCAAAUUAUUUUUUUCAACCAAGAAUGUUUUUUUGCUAAGACUUCUCACUAUCGAAAAUUAAAAAAAUGAGUUCAAUAAAGGCGAAAAAAAAGAAUCAAAACAAAAAUCAAAAAAAUAAUGGCGUGUUCAUCGGAGAAACGGAACAUGCUUCAAAACGAAAAAUCGUGUUCAUCGGCGCGCCGAAGUUGCUCCAAAACAGUACUAAUUUUUGUUUUGGAGCAAUUUUCUUGCGUUUCGAACCAAUUUUUGUUUUGUCCGAUGAACACGCCAUAAAAUUAAAACAAAGAUAAAAAAAAUUUGCGCGUUGUUUAUGGUAUAUGUUCUGCGCGUGUAUGCGGGCAUAGGCCACCGUAUCUUCAAAAAAAUUCCUUUUUUUUUUUUAAAUUUUUCGCCGCCGUUUCUAGUUUUAUUUCUUUAGAAUAGUCGUUCUAUUACAUUCUACGAUAAUUUUUCAGCGCCACUGCUGAAAAUCAAGCAAGCCGUGACAAAAAUGGAGGAGGAAAUCCAAAGAAUGAACGUUCAAAUCGGCGUUCUGGAGGCUUCAAUAAUGUCCUCCUUUCUUCGGGACCGAUUCGCAUACAACACCGACCUGUACAGUUAUAAUUGA